CGCUAUGUAUUAAAAUGUGCAGACGGCAAUAGAUGUGUUUUGCUCGUCAAAGUCGGCUGUAACAGCUUUUACUUCCACCGACCGAUCGGAGGACAGUGUGGAUGGCUCGCGGCGGUCAGGGGUGAAAGCCUGCCAUUUCCUGGAAGGACAGGAAACGGGAAAUGCUUGUCAGCAUUCCACAAAUGCCAUUCAAGGAGAGCACCCGCCACAAAUAUUUGUAUGACUCAUAUCAUGAACGCCAUCAAAGGUUUUGGCAAGAACAGAUUUCCUUGACAGGAUCUGAUCAGUGCUUUUCGUUGAUUGUCCACUUGAGGUUUCAUCAUCACUCGAAAAGGGAAGUAAGACACAACUGGCACAUUCGUUUCAAAAGAAAAGCGUCAGCUUCAAGAGGGUUGCAAUACUCGUGUUCACCAGCAGAGGCCAGUGUGUCACUCGCACAAUCUUAUAUCACAGAAUGAAGCACCGUUUAUCGCGUUUACUGUACAGUAGGUGGCGAUAUGCACCAAGGAGACGUAAUCCGCCAAAACCUCGGAAGAACACGAAGAAGCCACACAUCCGUUCAAUGAGCACGUCUUCCUGCCACUACCGGCUGUGUUGUCACUCCAGGAAAGGCGCUGUUCUCCACUUCCGCGUAUCGGACGCCGCGACGUGGACCGGAGGAAAUUGUUUUUUCUUGUGUCGUCUCCUGUUUGAACGACUACGGCGGAACUCGUCACAUCUGUCGCUGCCUCAACUCUGGGUGGGCUCAUUCGACAACACGAUGAGUUUGCAGGAGAUCUUUGAGAACAUGAAGCUGGCCCGUGAAUAUGCUUUGCUGGGAAACUACAACUCGGCCAGUGUUCUCUAUCAAGGCCUGCUCGAGCAAAUCAAGAAACAUAUCUAUAUUACACGAGACCCCAGUCUCCAGCAGAGAUGGCAGAAGUUGUGGGAACAAGUUAGCGAGGAGAGCAGACAGGUUCAAGACCUCCUGUCGACACUAGAGAGCGUUCAACUGGACGCCAUGCCCGUCAAACCAAUUGAACCCGAUGAUUAUGACAUCAGGCCUGUGCCCGUUGAACCAAGGCAUUCGCCGUGUCCUGUCAGGCGGCCUACAAACCCUUACAAAGACAGUAAGCCAAUCAACAAUCGCCUCAGUGUGGCCGUGAAGGCCCAGCAGAGGCAGCAAAGUCGCGGGGCCAACGGGGACAGACACAAAGCCCCCAAGGCCAAAACAAAAGAAGCUGCUGGCAAAGCAAAAGACAACAAGAGCAAAGGAGAUGGCCAGGAAAAAGAAUUGAAGUUUGAUGGUACCGGAUAUGACAAAGACCUUGUGGAAGCCCUGGAGAGAGAUAUCAUAUCUCAGAAUCCAAACAUUAAAUGGGACGACAUUGCAGACCUGGGUGACGCCAAAAAACUCCUGAAAGAAGCUGUUGUGUUGCCGAUGUGGAUGCCGGCCUUUUUCAAAGGCAUCCGGAGACCGUGGAAGGGAGUGCUCAUGGUGGGACCUCCCGGCACUGGGAAAACCCUUCUGGCAAAAGCAGUUGCCACUGAAUGCAGGACUACUUUCUUCAACGUCUCCUCAUCCACGCUGACGUCGAAAUACCGAGGAGAGUCUGAGAAGUUGGUGCGCCUUCUCUUCGAGAUGGCCCGCUUUUAUGCUCCCACCACGAUCUUCAUCGACGAAAUCGACUCCAUGUGCAGUCGAAGAGGGACCUCUGAGGAGCACGAAGCCAGUCGAAGAGUCAAGGCAGAACUGCUGGUGCAGAUGGACGGUGUUGGCGGAGCUUCGGAAGGCGAUGACCCAUCGAAGAUGGUGAUGGUGCUGGCCGCCACCAACUUCCCGUGGGACAUCGAUGAAGCUCUGAGGAGACGAUUAGAGAAGAGGAUCUACAUUCCCCUGCCCUCAGGAAAAGGCCGAGUGGAGCUGCUGCGGAUUAACCUGAAGGAGUUGGAGCUGGCCAGUGACGUGGACUUGGACAAGAUUGCUGAGCAGAUGGAAGGUUACUCAGGAGCUGACAUCACCAACGUCUGCAGGGACGCCUCCCUGAUGGCCAUGAGGCGACGAAUCGAAGGGCUCACACCGGAGGAGAUCCGCAACAUCUCCCGCGAUGAGAUGCACAUGCCCACCACCAUGGAGGACUUCGAGUCAUCCCUGAAGAAAGUUUCCAAAUCUGUGUCGGCAGCGGACCUCGAGAAGUAUGAAAAGUGGAUCGAAGAGUUUGGUUCCUGUUGAAGGUUUGAGACUGGGCCGGGGUAGCAUGACUUGCUCUUCAUCUCUGUCUGGGCAUGACAGAGAAAGGUAAUUUCAUUGUUCUUUUGUACAUUAGUUAAAAAUCUUCCGAUAAUUGUCUGUAUUAUUUUUAAGUUACGAAUAACUGACAUGCAGACAUUUUUUUUUUUUGAAAAAAACAAAAAAAAAAAAACAUAGACCUGACCAGAUAUUGCCGAUUUGGUUUUGUGCCUUUGCAAAUGCCUCGAAUCAUUGCGCGACACUAUUAUCCAACCACAACACUUCCAAAAGGUCACCUCUCGCUUGACACUUUGAUGCACUUGCUUUUAUAUGGAACAGUGUGGUUCCAGUUGCAAAGAAAGCUAUAAAUCUAUGAAUAAAACUUUUUUUUUUAAAUGAAGAAAACAAAAAUGUGAUGUUCAACUGGACUCUGAAACGUGUGCUCACAGGCUUCACAUUUUUCUUCAGAAAAUUUAUUCGGGGCUUGUCCAGCACAUUUUAGUGCCGAUCAAGCUGAUGUAGACAGAAAUGUUUUGAGACACACCAAUCCAGGUGCAGUUGGAAAACGUGCAUUUCACACACACACACAAAACCAACUCAUCCAACACUACAUCCGACCACGUGGGACUGUGAAAAGGACAUGAAAUCGAUCACAAAGCUGAGUGUGU